UUGGCAAAGGUUUUCGAGUCGGUGGCUUUUAUCGCAGGGUUAGAAUAACAUACCAUGGCUUUGCAAGAGAGAGAGUGAGAGAGAGAAGAGAAGAGAGUAAGCUCAGGCCAUCUCUCCAGAAAACGCACCCUAUUCCUCCAUAUAUGCGACGCUUUUGUUUUUGAAUCUCUUCCAAAUCUAUAGCAGGAGAGAAAGAGAAUUAGAGAGAGAAGAAAGAAUGUUCCCUUCCAAGAAGCCAACUAUGAAUUCACAUGAAAGGCCGAUGUCAUGUGUCCAAGGGGACUCUGGCCUUGUCCUCACCACCGAUCCCAAGCCCCGGCUUCGCUGGACGGUUGAGCUCCAUGAUCGCUUUGUUGAUGCUGUAACUCAACUCGGAGGACCUGACAAAAAAAAUUCUAGUAAUCAUCUAUAGACUAUGGAUGACAAGUACCGCCUUUGGUUUUGUAGAAGCCACGCCAAAAACAAUCAUGAGGGUUAUGGGCGUCAAGGGUCUAACUCUCUAUCACCUUAAGAGCCACCUUCAGAAAUUCAGGCUCGGGAAACAACCACACAAAGAAUUAAACGACCAUUCUGUUAAGGAUGCUUCUGCAUUAGAGAUGCAAAGAAAUGGAGCCUCUUCAUCAGGGAUUAUGAGUCGAACCAUGAAUGACAGGAACGUGCAUAUCACUGAAGCAAUUAGGAUGCAGAUGGAAGUGCAGAGGAGAUUGCAUGAGCAAUUAGAGGUGCAAAAGCACCUCCAAAUGAGGAUAGAGGCUCAAGGCAAGUAUAUGCAGACCAUUUUGGAGAAAGCAUGUCAAACACUUGCUGGCGAGGGCAUGGCCUCGGGAAGUUACAAAGCUCUUGGAAACCAAGGAGUCGUGGAUAUGGCAGCCAUGAAAGAUAUGGGCUCACAAAUGAGCUAUCCUUCACUCCAAGAUCUACAGUUAUAUGGUGGAGAUCAACUAGACAUGCAGCAACAAAUGGAUAGGCCUCUUGAUGGAUUCUUUCCAACUAAUGAAGGCAUUUGUCUAGGCAAGAAAAGAACCCACCCCUACAGUUCUAAUGGGAAGAGCCCAUUGAUCUGGGUUGAUGACUUCCGUCUGCAAGAACUGGGAUCAGCUGCAGCAUGCAUGGGCACACAAGAAGAACCUUCUAAGAGUGAUCAGCUCCAACUUGCACCAUCUGUGAUCGAUAGUGGAAUGGACAUGGACUCGAUGACAGAUGUCUAUGAGACCAAACCAGUGCUCUCGACUGACAGCAUGGGUGAGAAGAAGUAUGAGGGAUCAUCAAAGCUGGAGAGGCCAUCUCCACAAAGAGCUACUCUUCCUGUGGAAAGGAUUAAUCCGAUGAUAAGAGGUGGUGCUCUACCACAGACUAGAAAUAUAUCCUACGGGUGAGGAUUGUUGAUUCUGCAAGAAAAUUCACUCCUUCAUGCUUAAAUAAUUGACUUGAGUGGGAACGACUACGUAAAUCUUUAAGUCAAAUUGGCAUUAGGGUUCAUGGUCAAGUACAAGUUACGAUGCUAUGCGAAGUACUUCAUGUUAAAAACUCUUAAGACGUUUAUGUUCAUCAGUCUUCUGUUGUGUUUUAUGGGUCAGGUAGGGUCGAGUUUGUCCUUGUAAGGAAGUUUGGCUGUGCAUGCUUAGAUAAGUAAUUCGAUUGGAGAUUAUUUAAGUAAAUUAUAUUUGUCGAAUGGUUUUAGAUCAAUGCCAUGAGAAGCAUCUGUUUUUUUCCCGCGUCA